CUUAAGUUAAUCUUGAACGUCACGGGCUCCGAGGUUGACAAUUGAUUUGUGGCGACAACGAUGUGGUCCGCGCUGUGGCCAUCUUCAUCGGCCAUCGGUAGACUAUUUCGCCGAUAAACACAAUACACCGUAGAAAUCCCGGCUUGGCUCUGGCUCUGGGACUUGAGAUCCGCCAGUCUUCAUCCUUCCAUAUUUCCAUUUCCUUUCCAUCCUCAAAGACUCCCCACUCCACGCUCAAGUCUGUCCAGAAAUAGCACUUCUUGAUCUUCAUGUAUUUUUGCCGCUCAUUCUACGCCCAUCGUUUGCGUCGACCCUCUAAGCGCGUCGUCCGUCACUCGUCAUCGCCAUGACAGAUCCAUUGCGGUCAGCGAUAAUCAAAGCAAAGCCUAUUAGACACGGGUUAGAUGCGUUUCGCGAGUCCGCUCAGACGCUCUCUCAAGAGCUUAAUGUCUCUAGUAUCGCCACCGUGUUAGAUCGGAUAGGGAGCGAAGGUAAGGGCCUUCAAGAUCACGCCCUCGAUCUCGUAUUAGCGCUGCAGGCCCUUCCCACCUCUCGUCUAUUGCCAUCUAGCAGCGGCGAAAAGAACCUGUUUGGCGAUCUCUCCCGACUCAACCAAGCCAUCAACAUCGGGGAUUUUGACCCGCGACGGGUCACACCCCUCCUCAUUGCCGUCAUCAACAAUGAGUCCGACGAUAUUAUCUGGCACAAGGUCUAUGACGUUGUUGCAGAGUCGAUACCUCUCACGGCUGUCGCCAAACCAUCAACGCCUCCGGCAUCCGACCCUCCACAUACCGCCUCUUUUCAGCAGACACCUUGGACAUUCAACACAGGCAGCUUCGCGGACACAUCUGACCUGAGAAAGAAUGUGGAUCCUAUACUCAAGAGUGAAGUAGAGGAUAAUCUCAGGAUUGACCAUCCGGACUUUUUUGAUACGUUCUUUGGACAGAUUCCAAGGCUUCGUGAGAUGACGACCGCGGUAUUGCGGAGCUGCAAAGACGCGGAGCCGCCGCUGUUUCAAGAGGACGUCGGCUGGGUGGACUGGCCAGAUAUUUGCGAGGAGACAGCGGUACUGCAAUUCCUUCGCCGCCACAUCAACCAACUUCUACUGUUUGCGGAUGAACACGGUUUCCGUCCUUCGAAGCGUCGGCGCUGCAUUGCCACCCCGAACAUGCCUAUCCCUGGAUCGGUCAGCAAGCGAAAGCUGGACGUCGGCCUAGCGUAUAACUCAAGCAAUGAGCUGGAGGAGAGUGAUCGGCAAAGCUAUGACUGGUCCCACAUCCUUAUCCCCGGUGAGCUGAAGAGCAAUCCGCGAGAGGACAACUAUAACAGUACCUGGCUCGAUCUUGUGAGGUAUGCUCGGGAGAUAUUCAGCGCGCAAGAUACCCGGCGGUUCGUUCUGGGCUUCACCCUCUGCGGUUCGAUCAUGCGAUUGUGGGAAUUCGACCGACUAGGAGUGGUGGGAUCUACGCCAUUCGACAUUAAUAAGGAUGGCGAGAUAUUUGCUUCGAUAAUUUUAGGAUACUUGUGGAUGUCGGAAGAAGAGCUAGGUUUCGAUCCUACCAUAGUGGAGGACGAUGGAAGGUAUACACACAUUCAGCGGGAUGGCCAAGUGGAACGGCUAUGUGUGGAAGAGCUCAUGAAGCGACAGCGUUCGGUUGCUGGUCGAGCCACCACGUGCUGGAGAGGUUCCCUUAUGGACGAAUCCAAGCGCGGGCUUGUGAUUAAGGACUCGUGGGAAUAUGAAGAACGACACGAAGAAGGUCUUCUGCUCAAGGAGGCGACAGAAGCCGGAGUCAAGAACGUGGCGCGAUACUACCAUCAUGAGACCGUACGCACUGGUGGCGAGGUGGACGACAUACUCGCGAACGUGCGAAAGGGACUAAGCAACACCGUCGGCCGGAAUCCAUUCCAACGACGGGCAGCACAUUCUGAAGUCGUCACGAGUCCAAUAACUUCGAGUGCUUUAGGUCCGGGAAGGGGUAGGAGCAAGAGCAGAAGUCGAACCAUCACGCGAAAGCGAUCUUCAAGCAGUGUGCAGGCGUCGAUGCCGCCUCCCAAGCGGUCAUGUUCGGACUCCCCAGUCAAGCAAGACAUGCAGCAACGACGAAAUCGCGUUCACCGACGGCUUGUCAUGCAAGAUAUCGGGAAGAGCAUUUAUGAGGGGAGCUCUCCACGAGCCAUACUAACGGGAUUGCUUGGAGGCAUAAGAGGGCACGAAUCGCUCCUAGAUGCGAAGAUCCUUCAUCGUGAUGUAUCUAUCGGGAAUGUCAUGCUGAACAUAGCGGAGGACGACGGUUUCUUGAUUGACCUCGACCUUGCCAUUAAAAUUGACCGCGAAAACGCGUCCGGAGCACCGAGCAAAACCGGUACGAAAGUAUUUAUGGCGAUCGGUGCACUUUACGGUGAAGACCACAACUUUAUGCACGAUCUGGAAUCGUUCUUCUGGGUGUUGUUCUGGAGUUGCAUCCAUUGCACUGGUCCAGGUGGGCAACGUCGGGUGUCAGAAUUUCAGGCAUGGAAUUUUGAGAGCACGGAAAACCUUGCAAAAAUAAAAGCUGGCUCCGUUCUUGAGGAAGAUAAGUUUAGCAAGGAAGUGGAUAAGAAUUUCGCCACGUACUGCACGCCGUUGAUUCCUUGCAUAAAAGAGAUGCGGAAAGUAGUUUUCCCAGAGGGAAAGCGGUGGUUGAGGGAGGAUCGACAGCUCUACUCUCGCAUGAAGGCUGUUCUUCAGCGGGCAAGGAAGGACUUAGACAGCAUAGAGUAA